CGCAUGCGCGAACCGGUGUGAGCUGCUAGUCUAUGCUUUUUAGGUGCUGUUUUCUGGGUCCGCAUUCUCCACCGAUACCUCUGUUGGCAACUGUAUCUGUUUCCUCCUAUGAGUUCCUGGGACUCAACUCGUGCUGUCCGAUCUGUAAUUGCAUCGUUAUUCUUAUUACUGCUUACUCCAGACUUUGUUCCUAGCCUUUCUCUCGUUUGCAGCCUGUGUUGUUUCUGUUGGCAUCUUGUGCAGGGAGCGCUGUACCUGUGGGAGGACUCGGGGUAGGAGACAGGAGCCUUGGGUCUCCUGCCGGUUCGUUUUUUCUCUAGGUGACUGGACCCGGAGCGCGCGGGAUUUGUCAUGCACUGCAGAGGAGCCGGGCCAGUAUAGGCACAAAUCCUAAAGCCGACGUUUCUUAGCAUUGCGAGAACGGGCACCAGCGUCAGUGAAGCCGAAGGAGACGUGGGCGGCCUGCUGGCUCCAGGGGGACCUAUGGGUCAUGGCCGGGAAGGUGAAGUGGGUGACUGACAUUGAGAAGUCGGUGCUGAUCAAUAACUUCGAGAAGAGAGGAUGGGUCCAAGUCACAGAGAACGAGGACUGGAAUUUUUACUGGAUGAGUGUGCAGACCAUCCGGAACGUGUUCAGUGUCGAGACUGGGUACCGGCUCUCGGACGAUCAGAUAGUCAACCAUUUCCCCAACCACUACGAGCUGACCCGGAAGGACCUGAUGGUGAAGAACAUUAAGAGAUACCGGAAGGAGCUGGAGAAGGAGGGGAGUCCUCUGGCCGAAAAGGAUGAGAACGGAAAAUACCUCUAUCUGGACUUCGUCCCGGUCACCUACAUGCUGCCCGCCGACUACAACCUCUUCGUGGAGGAGUUCCGGAAGAGCCCGUCCAGCACCUGGAUCAUGAAGCCGUGUGGCAAAGCCCAGGGCAAGGGCAUCUUCCUCAUCAACAAGCUCUCGCAGAUCAAGAAGUGGUCCCGCGACAGCAAGACGUCCUCGUUUGUGUCUCAAUCUACGAAAGAAGCCUACGUGAUCUCACUCUAUAUCAACAACCCGCUGCUCAUCGGCGGGAGGAAGUUUGACCUGCGCCUGUAUGUGCUGGUGUCCACCUACCGCCCGCUGCGCUGUUACAUGUAUAAGCUUGGGUUUUGCCGGUUCUGCACAGUGAAGUACACGCCAAGCACCAGCGAGCUGGACAACAUGUUCGUUCACCUCACCAACGUGGCCAUCCAGAAGCACGGGGAGGACUACAACCACAUCCACGGGGGCAAGUGGACUGUGAGCAACCUGCGCCUCUACCUGGAGAGCACCCGCGGCAGGGAGGUGACCAGCAAGCUGUUCGACGAGAUCCACUGGAUCAUUGUGCAGUCGCUGAAGGCUGUGGCGCCGGUGAUGAACAACGACAAGCACUGCUUCGAGUGCUACGGCUACGACAUCAUCAUCGACGAGAAGCUGAAGCCCUGGCUCAUCGAGGUUAACGCAUCCCCGUCUCUCACCUCCAGCACGGCCAACGAUCGGAUCCUUAAGUACAACCUGAUUAACGACACCCUCAACAUCGCGGUGCCCAACGGGGAGAUCCCGGACUGCAAAUGGAACAAGUCUCCCCCGAAGGAGGUGCUCGGCAAUUACGAAAUCCUGUACGACGAGGAGCUGGCCCAGGGGGACGGGGUGGACCGGGAGCUCAGAAGUCGCACGGGCCAGACGCCAGGGCCCAAAGGGGGCCGCUCUCGAGACGCGGGGAGGGCCGUCCUCACCACCUGGAAGUGACACCCGGAAGUGACCGUCUGGAAGCGACACCCGGAAGUGACUGGCUGGAGCAGUGCGGACCCAGCCCAGGCUGUCCCUGCCCUCUGCCUGCGGAGGGCCUCUGGGAAUUCCCCUUUUCUAGUGCUUCUCCACUCCCAGGCUGUGUAAAUAAUAAAAUCACUUGUGUUUGGGA